CAGACGGACCACGCCCACUUUCUCUCAAAUUUUGACCUGCUGCGGUUUUCGUUGCGGUUUGUCCGAAAUUUGGCUCGUCUCAAUUUCCUGCCGAUUUGAUGUCUCUUUAACACCACUUCUGCUAAUCACAAAGCAUGCCAGUCCUGCUCCUUUCGUUUGUCGGUCGCUGAAUUUUGCUUGCAACAUGCGCAACAUGCCUAGAAGCUCGCCCAAACGAUUGCCUUGAAACCUUCCCCAUCUCCUGAUAACACAUAAUCACUCUAGCUCUUGUUUCGUUUUGUAUCGACGGAGAUUAUACCUCGUCAAACUUUUUUGCGCACUCGCUGGCGAUGGACUCGAGUUUCUCUCCGAUCGAAGAGGAAGAACCUGAAGCGUCUGCUGAGCCUCUCAAGAGACAGGGAUCCGUCCGAAAGGUGCUGCCGUCCAUGCCGGGCGUGCCAGAUUCAGCGAAACUCGUCGAACGCUCAAAUUCUAUCCCUGGAAUAAGAACCACCUCCCAGUACGGACCAUUUUUCACCGAGUACUCGCUCAUACCAGAAUACAAUAUGCUUCAAAGCUGUGCUAUCCCUGGAGUUUAUUGCAUUCCUGCAGCAAACACACCACUCCUUUGGUUUGGAACUAUGUUUGUUCGACAAGGUCCGUAUGUCGGAGGAGUGUUUCGAUUCCACAUUGUGAUACCGGAGAACUUCCCUGAUGGAGGAUUUCCAAAAGUGGAAUUUCAAUCCAGGGUCUUCCACCCGCAAAUCUCCCCCGAGGGAGACUUCAACGUGGGCAGAGGCUUCCCUGAGUGGAACAAAAACAUGAAUCACAUUUGGCAGGUGGUCGAGUACGUCAGAAAGUCAUUCUUGAAGAUCGACCCAGGCCAACCAGCGAAUGAAGAAGCGGCAAAAUUGUACAAACUUGAUCACGGAAAGUUCAUGGAGGCGGCCAAGAAGUGUGUCGGCCUGAGCAUCCAAAAGGUUUACGAUCCAACUCCGACUGACGAUCCUCACUAUUUUGCAUUCGAACCAUUCGACAGUAAAGCACACGAGUCGUUGAAAGAGAAAAUUCUUCAGCAAAGGUCUUUGGACGAGGACAAGAAAUCUCCUCAAGGACUAUCGUGGGUCGCCUGCAACUCUUUGAAGCCCUUCUCGGUCCCUCUUGCUCCGAACUCAGUCGUCCGCGAGACCUCCUGAUCUGAACUUGGCAGCCUCAGGAACCCAGUCCGCCCUCAGCCUGUGCUCCUUCCCCGCCCACUUGAAGCCCACCGGCCGUCCAUCGUCAAAAACAAAGUACUGGCUGAACUCGAUGGCCAGCUGGGAGCGCACCAGUCCGACGCCGCCGACCUUUUCCGGUGCAGGAUGAUAAACUCGGCCUGUGUCCGGAUGGACGAAAAUGCACUCGGGCUGAAAGGGCACCGUGAGCAGGUCUCCGGCGUAUCCGUAACUGAGCACCUGGCCCUUUUCAGGGUCUUCCAGCACGUGGGUGAACACAAAGGGCUGGUCGUCGCACCGGACAAAGUUGCGUUCCCGUCCGCAGGGCGAAAUGUAAGGGAAGGCUGGGAAGUAGCGGUCGGUUGUGUUUUGCCUCAGCCGAGUGAAGAAAAAGUGAAGAAACUUUUUUUCUGGAAUUUUCAGAUUUUGUUCAUUAGGCUCAAAUAAUCAAUACUUUUUUAUUUUAUUGAAAUUGAAGUCAUGUUUUUGUUGUUAUGUAAUUCUUACAAUUUUUGGACGAACCUUUAAAACAAGAUGUGAAGUUUUUCAUGCGUGAAUCAUCCAAGUAAAGCUGGAAAUAUGUUGUGAUUUUUAUACAUUAAAAAAGUAACCAAAAAAUACGAAUUGUAAUUUUUUAA